AUGCGGCUGGGCUGGUAUGCUGGGGCCUCGACGGCCCUCGCGGGCACCAUCGUGCUCUCGGCCUUUUACCAGCGCGCCAAUUUCUACUCGGCCAUGGUCUAUUUGGCCCAGAGCAACUCUUGUCUGCUGGUAUUGGUCAACUUUUCGCUACUGCUGUACAGCAGCAUCGUCUAUGGACUCAUCCGCCUCUUCUUUGGCCCCCUCCGCGCCGUCGAGGUCGAGCAACUUACCGAACGAGCCUGGUUUGCGAUAACAGAGACAUGCCUGGCCAUGACCAUCUUCCGGGACGAGAUUGGGGCCUGGUUCCUCGUCAUGUUUACCGCCCUGGUUACGGGCAAGAUCUGGGGAUGGAUCGGUGACGCGCGGGUCGAGCUGCUCGAGCAGGCACCACCUCCGAAUCCCCGCCUCUUCCACUUGCGACUCAGCGCGUCCCUGCUGCUGAGCUUCGCCUACGACAUGUUCAUCCUCCGCUACACGGUCAACACGGUUAUUCAGCAGGCGAAGCCCAACAUGAUGUUUAUGUUUCUAUUUGAAUUUGCCAUCCUGGCGACCUGCUCAUGGCGGACGUCGGCCCGCUAUGCACUCUCCCUGGUGGAGCAGCGCAUUGAAGAGACACAGAAGCACAGGCGUCUGGCUGCGCGGAGGGCCGAGGUUCAAAGGGAACGGGAUACUAUUGUUCAGCAACGGCAGGCGGCGGCGGCAGCAGGCGAGGAGGUGUCUGAUGAACCUCUGCCCAACCCAGACGAUAUUGAAGAGAUGGAUAUCGAGGUGCCAGGAUGGUCAGCCAAGGGAGAAUUCGUGCUCUGGCUGGACCUCAUCAGCGAUAUGAUGAAGCUGGGCAUUUACGUGGCUUUCUUCUUUAUGCUCCUUGCUUUCUAUGGUCUCCCCAUCCACAUUAUGAGGGACUUGUUUAUGACCUCAAGGGACUUUAUCAAGAGGCUUGGAGCUCUGCUGCGAUACCGAAAGGCCGUUCAAGAGAUGAAUCGAUAUCCCGACGCUACCGAGGAGGAUCUGGCAAGAGAGAACACGUGCAUCAUUUGUCGUGAGGACAUGCAACUCUGGGAUCCCCAAAAUAACCCAGACACGAUUGACCGAGUCCGACCCAAGAAGCUUCCUUGUGGGCAUAUUCUGCACCUUGGUUGCCUCAAGAGCUGGCUUGAACGCCAACAAGCCUGUCCCAUCUGCCGUCGCCCCGUUAGCCUCAACGAAAAUGCCCGAGCAGCCGAGAACAGAGCAGCCGGACUUCGGAUUGAGCUUGGAGGUAGGGGUCCUGCAAACCAGCAAGCCCCAGCAGAUGCUGGAAAUGCCGCAGCUCAGGGGCAGCAGAACGGGGAUGGAGCCGCACCUGAACAGCGCCAAGGGCCGAGAAUAUUCAACUUCGGCCCCAUACGGAUAGGAUUUGGAGCAAACGGCCAGCAAGUGCGAGAGCUUGCUCAGCAGUUCGGUAUGCCUCAAGCUGCCUUUAACCAAGGCCUGGCCCCUCCUACACCAGCCGCUGCUACUCCCAACCCUGCUGUCCAGACUGGCCCGGCCACUCCUCAGCCGCUCACUGGAGACAACAUUCAGAAUAUUGGGACUCUGCUGUAUCAAGCGGAUAUGAUGAUUCAACGCGAGCUGCAGUCCCUUCAGGUUGCUCAGCAAGAAUUGCAAACCGUCCAUCUGCUCCAGGCUGAGCUUCAACGCCUCCGUCAAAGACAUCAGCAGCCUCAAGAGCAACUGCAGGGUGGCCAGCCCCAGUCGGCGCCCUCCUCUGCUCUUCCCACGACGCAACCUCCCCUGGUCCCCCAUCAUCAUCACCACUAUCAGAUGCCACCUCAAGUGGCCGUGACCCAACCACCUGGUUUCCCCUCAUUCCCCACCAUCCCUCCACGAAACUCGAGCCCUCUCAUGGCCCGGCACGGCGCACCUGCCAAUGCCGUGCCUAUUCCCGCUGGAAGCACCGACCUCCCAGAGGGUGUUGUCAUCCCGCCUGGUUGGUCUCUGUUGCCCCUGCAUAGGCUAGAUGGGGGCCAGAGCUCGACUCAGCCCUCGCCUCAGGCUGGGCCUCAGGCGACAGUGGCCGAUGGUAACAAUGUACCUCAACCUACGCCUACUGCCAGACAGCCGUCCCCCAGUGGAAGUGGAAGCAACGACGCCCAGGCAUCGACUGAACCCAGCUCGUCGGUGUCUGCCCCCGAGACUACCAUCCCUCGUUCUUCCCAACCCCCUCAGUUCAGUUCUCAGUUUAUGCGCGCCGUGGACCCUCCGACUGUAGUUGCACCCAGCCCUCGCAUGCCUAACUGGGGGGGGUCGGCUCAACUGUUUGGAAACGGCGCUCGUCUGGACCAGGCUGAUUCGGUAUCUCGAAACGAGCCGCAGGUGACUGCAGGCCAAGCUGCUCCUGUUGAUCCAUCCUCUCAGCUAGCCCACCCGGAGGCAGAGUCUCACCAGCAGACGCAGCAAGAUGAUUCGUCGGCGCAGUCAAGUGACUCGGACGACUUGCCAGAGACGAAGCCCGCCAAGGGAAAGGCCCGAGCUGUGACUGUUGAGGAUGUAGAUGACGAGGAGGGCAUGGCUAGAAGUGAAGAG